AUGGAAGCUGCAUUCCUUCUGGCUCUCGGACACAACGCCCUAUAUGGAGCCGACGCCCAUUUCUUACGCCAGUUCAUUUCGGUCUUCCUGCCUACUGCGCCAAACAUUAGCAAGGAAUUGGCCAUGGGCAUCCUCGUAGUCAGUGCCCGUAAGUAGAGGACUGCGUUCCCACUGUUUACCUCCCCUCUGCCCCCCCCCCCGAAAGCGGAGUAAUAAUAAUCAAAAUACCAUUGCAGCCGCAAUCCUCGCCGUGGGUGUUCUUCUCACUCUCUUCUUCCUGUGUGGAGUGAUUGUCUCCUGCUUCGGUUACGAGAAACCUCUGAAACUGGUAAGUUGUGCCGUUGAGAGGCGUCUGAAGACUGUGAGCUAUGGGUCUCCCAUUUGCGUACUAACAGACCCUCCGUCUUUCUCUCUCUCUCUCCUUAAAGUACGCGGUGCUUCUGGGAGUCCUCGUCAUUGGACUGGUCAUAGUCACUGCCUGCGUAUUCGGAAGUCCUACCUGUGUAAGUACGCCCGAUCGGUCAUGUCUUUAAAACUGACCUUACUACUGAUAAAACGCGGCGGAGUCACCGGACUCUCCGAAGUUUUGAUCUCUGUCGCUGUAACUUUGCCCUAUUUUCUGCUUACAUCAGUUGCCAGCUAAGGCUGUUUCGUACAUGAGUGAAAACCUGGCAGUACACAAGGAUGGUCAGCAUGGCAAAAACCUUCUGGCUAUCGAAAUCUGGAACACCGUGAUGAGGGUAAGCGCGGUGGUCUACUUAAUUGUCCCCUUCUUUUCUGUGGUGCACUUGCUUUCUUAAAGGGCCUCUGUAGGGGAAAAAGUCAUUGUAUCACUUCUACUUGAAAGCAAUCUGUAAAAUAAAAGUUAUUCUGUGAUACAGAAAAAUGACAGUUCGACUGUCGAUUCCGACGAUGUCCUCCGCGUAUUACACAGUAGGGCACAGCAGACACGGUGCCUUACGCGUGAAUUAGUUUAUAGUGAAUUGAGACUUGCGCAGCAUCUAUCGCACUCUCCUCUCUUCCCCACCUGUACUCGGUGUCAAGACAGAAGUAAAAAGACCGUCGGCAUGAGAGGGCCCAGAUGGCUAGCGCGGCUGCACCCGCGCCUAGGCGUGCCGCCUCACCCCCUGGUCCACAACACACACUCCACCAGGAUUUUUCGUCAAAAACUACACCCCAACAGUGGGACAGAAGUACGAGGAUGAUGACUGAACAGCCAUGCCACAACUUGUAUACCCAGUGGGAGCGCAAGCGUAACUGGCGACAGUGAACCAAGUGUUAGGAAAUUGCCAGCGCAUACCAGGCUACAAGAGCCAUGGAUUGCUGAUAUUGGCAUAGCAGACGCAUACAGGCCUUUUGACCGGCACGUGAAAAUAUUCAAUUACAGAAGGUCAUGUAACCCACAAAAUGUCAUUAAACAUGCUUCAUAGAUUAGUGGAUAUCGAGGCAGAAAAAAUGUUUUCUCGCCAAAGAGGAGAAAUUCGGAAAACGGGUUAACCAGAGUUCAGUGAGUUUGGUCUAAAUGUGGGAGUGCAUAGCAAGGGAAUGUACGGUUGACCGAGCAAUGAACGCAAAACAAUAAGGAGUAAAACUAUAAAUAUUUGUUUGACCGUCCUCAAAUCUUAUGUGCCCGUAAUUCUGCCGUACAUGGAAACAGCCACCCCGUUUAUAGUGGAUUAACCUUUACACUUCUUAAGCACAAAGUACUGCUGCACGUGCACUAGGCGGUUCAUCUUGUUUUAUGGCGAAUAUGUUAAUAAUUUUGGGAACAUGUUUGAGGAGAUCGAUUUCGAGCUUAUUGGUGGUCAGCAAACUGCAUAAGGACCGCAGACGGAUAAAUUGGCUGUCUUUUAAUUCAAUUAGUUUAUGCUCCUAAGCCUAACAGGCGCAUUAUUCGCAAAACCACGCUGUUCAUUCUACGUCAGCAAAUGUCAGUAUAGUCAAAGGCAUGCUCACGAGACCAAUCUACACCAGCAAUUGACAACUGUAAGUUGCCAUCGACAUCAUAUAUUGUCGUAGGCGUUUCAUCCCACGCAUGACCAUCUGGACCGUCCUCGCAGACCUGUUAAGGUGUGGGACCUUAAUACAGAAGCAAAUGAGGAUCAGCGAUGAACGUGUUCCUAUGCAAAUGACAGUUCGACCGUUGCAGCUGACGCUACUCACUGUGUGCUCCGCGGCAAGAUGAAGCAAGUAUACUAAAGUGUGGGUGAAUUAGCUUAUAGUGAGAUUAGACUUGCACAACACCUACCGCACUCACCCCCUCACCCGGGUCCAGUUUCAAGACAGAGUCAGGAAGACCGGAGGCGGGGGAGGGCGCAGGUGGCUGGCACGGCCGGACCCGCACCUAGGCCUGCCACCACACUCCCUGGUUCCCAACAAACACUGGACCAGGAUUUUUGCCAAUAACAACACAACAAGAGGUUAGAAAAAGGAGUAUGACUGGCGGCCACGCCCACCACCUGUAUACCCAGCGGAAGCGCAAGCACAUCUACCAGUACGUAAUCAGGUGUCAGGGAACUGCCAGCGCACACCAAACUGCGCGGACCAUGGUUUACUGUUUUUGGUAUAGCAGACACUCACAAUCCUUAAUGCGCCCCCCCCCUAUUCGAAUAAAGCAUGCUUCUUCGUCGGGCUCCUACUUAAAAGUGGUCCAGUCGCGGAUUUUGACAGAUGAAGUCAAAGUGCCUCCAGAAUAUUCGUACUUGUACUCAGAGCCAGCAUUGAAGACCACUCUCUUUCGAUAGUCCUCAUAGGCUCUUCAGUUUGCGCACUCGAGAACCAACACAACUCCGUCAGUGCGAAUUGCCCUACGUUGUACUUUCCCCUCUAGAGGACUCUCAGGAUGCUGAAUUUCAUGAAUUUUGACAAUCUGCACCGCAUCCUUUGCGUGGGAAAUGUUAUUCCUCCAUCUGAGUCAAGAAUCAGAAUGAAUUGUUAAAAGCGCAAUCGAUUAGAGGAAACUGUCUAAUCAAAGCCCAAACUGCUGAGCCAAUGAGAGGCAAUAAAUUGUUAUGUGGCACGGCGCAUAGACUGAAUGAUUAUUUUAAGAUUUUAAAAUUGACUUUCGGCUGUUUAUUUUACCUCGUUCUUGUUCCUUCACCAACAGGAAGGACAUAACUACUGCUGCGGACUCAACGGCUAUAAGGACUUUGCAGGUAGGACCUGUCCCCUUACCGUCUCCUAGUACUACUUAAGUCACGACCAAAUCAAUUUAAGUAGCGUAAAUCUUCCCUAAUCCAACGUACGUAUUUUUUCCCGUUUUUUGCAGGCAGUCGUAGAAUGCCGGAGCCGUGUUGCUCUGUGAACAAUCAAGUUGUAACAGACUCAUGCACCUACAACUUUGCCGCCGCAAUGAAGCCUCCCGUAUCGGGUUGUAGGGACAAAAUCAUCUCUGAGGUUGACCUGAUCCGACCCCGUCUGACAAUCGCGCCUGUCUCCGUUCUGAUUCCUCCGGUAGGAUUCCUGCUGUGUUUUGAGGCAAAUCUGAAGGAAAUUACCUGACUUAAUAGACAUUUAUGAUUCAUUCAUAGUACUUUACUUGACACGGGAGUUUAACGGACGAUCUAGUUCCAAAUUGUCUACGAAGUUGUGUGUGAUCCAUCUCAACAGUAUAAGGGUCCUCAUUGCUGUAAUACAUAAAAAUCCCUCAUUUAUUGAAAUGGAAUAAAAAAGCUCAGGAGACGAAGAUGCGAUCGCUGGAACAAGAAAUUUAUUGGCCUGACGUUUCGGAUUCUCACUCGAAUCCAUAAUCAGAGAUCCAUCCUCCUCCUCCUCGUCAUCUGCGAUUGCCUCUGAUGACGGAAUCCGAAACGUCAGGCCAAUAAAUUUCUUGUUCCAGUGAUCGCAUCUUCGUCAUCUGAACUGCUACCUGGAACUGGCCUGUUCGCUUAUAUCAGCAAUAAAUAAAAGCAUUCGCCUCUUGUUUGCUGCUUUUCAUCAUGUGCAGGAAACCGUAUCCUUCCUCAUGACAGAGAGGCAGAUUACAUCGUCUGUCUCGACAAGACUGCAUUCUGUGCCUAUAAGAGAUUCCGAAUGGAAAUGCAGACAAUUCCAAGGUCUCGUAAUUAAUAAUAGCACAAUUCUUAAAAUACCUAGAUAGACAGCUGUUGUUGUAUGCCAGAAAUGACUGCACGUAGGUUUAAAGAGGCAGUUUUGAACUAAAAUGACUCAUCAGCUUCAGCGCAGUGAUCACUUGCAACGUCCUCUUUUCCCUUCCAGGUAAUCGUCCUAGUUGCCGUCAUCUGCUCAGUUUUCGCCUAA